GUUUUAAUCAAACGAACCCCAAUAAUUGUCUUUAGUUGCCUAAACUUGCACUCCAGGAUACCUUCUUCUGCCCACAAAACCCCAAAAGCAACCCCUCCUUCAAUGAAUCGGAGCUUUCAAGCUUUCAUCCAUGGCAGAAUUUGAUGGCCACACAAAAGAUCACUACGAUCAACAAACCGGUACGAGGAUCUCAUCAUCAUCUUCACGAUCAACAUCAACAACGAGCAUUCACGUAACCGCACUCGAUGGGCUCGUAAACGUGAACUCUCUGUUCACAAUCGCAGUGUUUGUCGGACUUUCUCUCACCACUCCCGGCCAACGCAGCCUUGAGAACCGAUCCGCCUGCGACGCGGACAUCUCCGUCGCCAAGAAGCUUCUGGUAUUCGAGGUUGUAUCGUUUAGUUUCUUCCUCUUCUCGUCUCUCGUCGCUCAAGGUCUUAAACUCGCCAUCAAUCUGCUGAAUAGCAAGGAUGCUGAUGAGGCGUUUAGGGCACACAUUAAUCUGAAAGCGUUGAGGUUUGGGAUGCUUGGAUCGGCUGUUGGAUCAGUGAUGGGGUGUUUGUUCUUGAUGCUAUCGAUGGUGAAUGUGAUCGAGAUUCGACUGGGGAUGUUGUCUUGUGGGAGUCGAUCCACUGUUAAUGCAGUUGCUUCCAUGAUUGUACUGGUCACUUCUGCUCUUUUGGUUUAUAUUUCAACUGCUGUUUAUGCUUUUCUGCAUUGAAUUGCUUCAACAGUUCGAUCUCUAAGCCAGAAAAGUGGUCAAGUUGAAAGCUGCUUCUUGAUGGGUUUAUGUAAAGAAAUCUGACCCAUAUCAGUUAAUUCAGCUUCAAUUUCUGUUCUGUUUGUUUUACCACGAAUUGGAACUGGAAUCUACUGUGUUGUAUAAAAAGACAUUGUUUAUUCACUCUUUUUCAUGUCAAC